AUGUUACCACUUGCAUGGAUUUUGAUCGUCGUCGCCGUUAGUGGUGCCAAUGCUGAAAUAACGCAAAAUGAUGACGGUGAUGUUGACAUCGCGCAGCAUCCAUAUGUUGUGUCGAUUAGAAGGAACGGCAGACACGCAUGUUCCGGCGCUAUACUUGACGAGUAUCACGUCGUCACGUCGGAUCGAUGUGUUCCGCCGUUCGAACACGUCUGGAACGUUAUGAACAAUAUAAUCAUAGUAAGCGGCACGAGCAGCCUCAAACCUGGCGGUGUUCAUAUCUUUGUUAAAGAAAUGUUCUCGCAAAAUCAUCACGUUAACCCACUUGAAAAUAAUGUCACUAGCGGACUUGGUGUGCUUAAGCUAAUACAACCACUUCAAUUCAACGAGAAAAUUCAGCCGGUUGCGCUAUCUGAAACAGAAGUACCACUGGGUGUAAAAUUGCAAAUGGUUAGUUGGAUGAUAGCCGAUCGUCAAGGGAAAAAGACUGCGAAUCUGAAGCAA